AUGGAUAGAGAUUUUUACAGCUUUGCACGUCUAUGUGACGUCAAACUCCCGCUAACGAUUCGAAUCGCUUCUUUGCAAGGGAAAGUGUUGCCAAAGCAUGAUUUAUUCAUCACUGUUCGAUUGUAUGCAGAGAACAAACCAUUAACGCCAAUCUAUCAAACGGCAUACAAAUCUUUUCGACAAACAAAGAAUGAUCAAUCCAAUCUUUCGAGAGAUUUCAGUGAAUUGAUCGUAUUCCCGAUCCGAUUGGCAGAUUUACCGCUUUCAUCUCAAAUCACAUUUACCGUUUGGGAUGCUGCCACCAAUGGACAGCCUAUGGCCAAAGUGUUGGGUGGGACAACGAUGCGAUUGUUCGGCAAGAAAGGUACACUCAAAAAAGCAUCUCACAGACUGUACCUCUGGAAAGGCAAAGAGGGAGAUGGAUCGUUCGAGACUUCAACUCCAAGUAAGGUAGAUUCGAUGACAAGCAGUGGUGGUGAAAAUGGGAAAAAGAAUGAUCAAAUGGCAAGACUGGAAAAGUUGAUCAAGAUGCACGAAAGGAACGAUCUGCCGCAUUUGCUUUGGUUGGAUAAAUUGGCAUACAGGCAAAUUGAAAAAAUUCAUCUGGAAGAAUCUUUGCAGUCUGAAGACAUCUUUUUGUAUGUUGAUCUGCCACGAUUUGAGAUUCCAAUUGUGUAUUGCGAGCAAGAAGCAUCUCUGCCAACGCCAACUGCUGCCAUCGGAUCGCAAGCUACUCAGUCAGGACCCCUUACAAAUGAUGCAACAGUUGGGCCAAAUGCAGGCACAUCCUCUGCUUCUCGCGGAAUCGAUGCUAGUUUGUUUACUGUGUACGAUGGUGAUAUGCUGAUGGAACGUGAGAACCCAGUAGAGGCAAAACAUAGAAGAUUGGUGCGCAGUCAUCGCAGUGGCCCAUUGGAUCGAGAGCUGAAGCCGAAUGCAAAUGUGCGAGAUGAACUUAAUGAGAUUCUGUCAUAUCCACCAACAAGAACGCUCACGUCUUCCGAGUCCGAUUUGAUCUGGUCUUUCCGCUUCUAUCUAACACGAUUUCCUGGUGGUCUUACGAAAUUCCUCAAAUCCGUUUCCUGGUCUGACCAAAGCGAAGCAAAACAGGCUACAGAGACAUUGAUGCCAAUGUGGAGUGAGAUCGGUAUGGAUGAUGCAUUGGAGUUGCUUGGACCAGGAUUCAAAGACGCUCGUGUCCGGGCGUAUGCUGUUCGUACAUUGGAACGGGCAGAUGAUGACGAAUUGCUGUUGUACCUGUUGCAACUAGUGCAGGCACUAAAGUUUGACGUCUUAUCUUCCAGGAAAGAGACGCCCAAUACAUCAUUCCAUACUGCCAACGAAGUACAGUCCGCUGCUUCUUCGGCGACUGUAGUUGACAGUGGCCUGGCAGAUUUAUUGAUUAGAAGAGCGGUCAAUAAUCAAGUAUUCGGCAACGACUUAUACUGGUAUUUGGAGGUGGAAUGUGAGGAUCGAAAGUACGGCAAGAUGUUCAGAAGGGUACGCACAAUGUUGUUGGAGCGAUUGAACCGUUCCGACAAAGGUGUGCAAUUGCGUGAGACCUUUAGACGACAAACGGAGUUGCUCAAAUUGCUCUCUUUACAAGCAAAAGAGUUGCGUCUAUCAAAAGAUGCACGUCCGAAGAAAAUCGACAAGCUUCGUGCUUUGCUGAACGAUCACAAGAACAAUUUGAGCCACUUUGAUCCACCACUUAUGCUGCCCCUCGAUGCAAGAAUCAAUACGACCGGCAUUCGAGCCGAACGAAGUACGAUAUUCAAGAGUAGUUUGUUCCCUCUGCUGUUGCAUUUCGAAAGAUCUUCAACGGUAUUUACGGGAAGCACAAAUGAGACACCAACGAAUGUGAGCCCGCAAAGUGAAGAUUAUGCGGUCAUCUUCAAGAAUGGUGAUGAUAUGCGACAAGAUCAAUUGGUGAUCCAAUUAUUCACACUGAUGGAUCGUUUGUGGAGAAAUGAGAACUUGGAUCUGUGUAUUAUGCCUUACAAAGUUAUGGCUACAGGAACAACAGAUGGGAUGAUGCAAUACAUUGAAAGUAUGAGCUUGGCAGCGAUUCUAGCGCAAUACGGCAAUAGUUUGCUCAAUUAUUUGAGAAGCCACUACCCCGACCAAAGUGAAGAAGGAGUAUAUGGAGUCAAAGCGAGUGUCUUUGAUACAUACGUGAGAAGUUGUGCAGGUUACUGUGUGAUCACGUACAUUCUGGGUGUCGGAGAUCGACAUAUGGACAAUCUCUUACUCACUCCUGAUGGUCAUUUCUUCCAUGUCGAUUUCGGUUAUAUCCUCAAUCGUGAUCCGAAACCCUUUCCACCUCCUGUCAAAGUUUCACGUGAGAUGGUGGACGCAAUGGGCGGAACCCAAUCACCACAUUAUCUCAAAUUCAAAAAGUUUUGCUUUACGGCAUUCAUCACUUUACGCAAGAAUGCAAAUUUGAUUUUAAAUUUGAUCAAUUUGAUGAUCGAUGCAAACGUAACGGAUAUCCGUUUCGAACCUGAUAAAGCGGUUCUCAAAGUUCAAGAAAAGUUCAAAUUGGACCUGUCAGAUGAAGAAGCCAUCACUGCAUUCGAUGAAAUGCUGAACGAAACCUCCUACAUUACCGUCAUGCUGGACAGAUUGCAUGAUGCUGCUCAAUUCUUCCGUAGUUGA